UAUCAGUAGAACUCUGAUAAAAGUAGAUUAGAAAGGCAACCAAAAAGCCAAACCAUGCCAAGAGUCUAUUGAAUUUAUUUUGUUCUAGAGAACCUAGCAUUCCUGUUUAGCUUAUAGUUUUGUAAACAAAUCUGGAUAUCUGUAACCCAUGUUUGUUGUUUAUUGAUAUGGAUAUGUGAAAAGGCUCUCUAAAAAUCUAUUGGAUUCCAUAACGUAUACAAAGUAGAAAGAAUAACAAUGCCACCGAAAAAGGUUCUUAGGAAAAAGAAAAAGAAACCAGUGAAAAAGGAGCCUGUCAUAACCGAUGAGCAAAUAAAGUUGUACCAGCAAGUGUUCAGACGUUUUGACAAGGAUAAGAAUGGUACGAUAUCGGUAGAGAACCUGGAAAAAGUCAUGAGGGCCCUAGGACAGGAUAUUGCACAUGACGACAUUAAAUCCAUGAUACAAGAGUAUGACAGAAGUGCAAAUGGCUUCAUAAGCUACCUCGAUUUCAUGGAAAUCAUGGUCAAAAGAGGUGACCAGACAGAAAUUAUAACAGAGGAAGAACUCACAGAGGUGUUUAGUGUGUUCGACAUGGAUGGUUGUGGGACGAUCACUGCUCAUGAUCUCCGGGAAGCGAUGGCGGCAUUAGGAAAUGGUAUUACGGAACAGGAAGCGGAAGAACUCGUACAAAAGGCGGACAAAGACGAAGACGGAUUAGUUAACAUAUCCGAAUUUCGAGCUGCCUUUGAGAUGCUGGACACUAGAGGAAUAGGGAAAGUGUCAAUAUCACAACUUCCUAAUAUCAUUCGGAAUAUAGAUCCAACAGCAAACCGCUCAGAUAUCAACAAUAUGACUAAACUUUUAAACAAAGACGGAGAAUUUGGAUUCCAUGAAUUUGUCACUGUUUUGACACUCCAAAUGCGACAAGCAGAUAUCGAGGAUGAGUUACAAAGAGCCUUUAGAAUAUUUGAUAAGGAUGGAGACGGGUAUAUUACAGUCCGGGAACUCCGGCAUCUGAUGACCAAUUUAGGUGAAAAGUACACGGAAGAAGAGGUCAGUGAAAUGAUACAAAUUGCUGAUCUUAACCAGAAAGGAAAGGUUGAAAACCUAACAGAGGAGCAGAUAAAUGACAUUAAAGAGGCUUUCUUGGUGUUUGACAAGGACGGGGAUGGGACGGUUAGUACGGAGGAACUGGGGGCAGUGAUGAGGUCAAUGGGUCAGGACCCCACGGAAAAGGAGCUUAUGGACAUGAUUGCUGAAGUGGAUGUUGACGGAAACGGUGACGUUGAAUUUGACGAAUUUCUACAAAUGAUGGCCAAACAAAUGCAGUGUACAGAUUCUCCUGACGAAUUAAUUGAGGCCUUUCAAGUGUUUGACGAAAACAAAACAGGAUAUAUUUCAGUGGCAGAGUUUCGAAGCGUCAUGACAACGCUGGGAGAAAGACUUACGGACGAGGACGUGGAUGAAAUGAUCGUGGACACUGGAUUGGGUGGCAAUGGAUACAUUCGAUAUAAAGGUAACAUUGUGGCAGGAAUUAUUUCCUCUUUAACACUGUUCUUUCAUCAGUGACAUUCUCCUUCUG